AAAUAACUGUCAUUACCGGAAAGUAUGGUUUAAAUUUUAUUGAAGUGGAAUAUAUAUUAAUUAAAAAAUAUUUUAAAAUGGGAAAUGUGAAAAAUUUAAAUGAAGAUUUCUGUACGAUCUUCAAUAUGGCCCAGUUAUCUACUGGUAGCCACCAAAAAUCUGCUUCAAAACUAAAAACUCUAUACAACUUGGUGGAAACUGAUAUUUUUUUUCAAACAUUCAAGAAAUUUGCCAAUGCCAUACUUGUUAUAGACUCAAAACUAAAAUGCCCCUAUGUUGAGAGAAUAAUGGAUUUUAUAGGACUUACUUGUUACACUUUGAAACAAACUUUUGAAACUUCUAUUGAGAAUGAUGAUGAUGAGAAUGAUAACAUAACUGAACAUCCUUUCCUUGAAAAAUUUUUCUCAUAUUUAUUGGAGAUACAAAAUGUUGAUAACUUUAGUAUAAGGAACAGAACCUGUCAAUUAAUCAAUAGGAUAUUAGAUCAUUUAGUUGAGACUGAUCUGAGCACACAAUUUUGUGAUAAUAUAGAAGAAGCUAUGCUUGAAAGGUUAAAUGAUCCCAAAUUAGAAGUUCGUUUAGAAGGGAUUCAAGCACUUCAUAGAUUCCAAGAAAUUGAAAACCCAUUAGAUAGAAUAAUUGAUAUGUUCAAAAUAUUAAUAGAACAUGACAGAUUUGCAAAGGUCAGACGCCUCUGUGUGUCAAAAGUAGCACUAAGGAAAGAUGUGAUUCCAAUUCUUUUAUCUAAAUUGAGGGAUGUUGAUAUUGCAGUGAGACUUGCAGCAUUCAACAGAUUAACUAAAAUUCCUCGAUCACUGAAGAUUGAACAGAGAAGACUAGUCUUAUUAUCUGCAAGUUUAGAUACAUCAGGCAAAGUCACAUCAUAUGUUGAAUCCACUAUGUUGCCUGCCUGGCUGCAGCAUUUUGAUGACAAUUUCCAUACAUUCAUGAAAGCCAUCCGCUUAGAUGCAAAUGAAAGUGAUGUAAAAACAACUAAUACUAUAUGUGAAUUCAUCUUGCGCACUUUAUUUAAAUCCAAACCACUUGAUAUAUUGAUCAGAAUGGUUGGUAUCAAUGAAAACAAAUUAAUUCCAUAUGAAAAUCUCAAUUGGGAAACGUCAAACUAUUGGAGAAUCCUAGUACAAUAUAUCAAAAAUACUCUUAAUUUGGAGGAUAAAAUUGAAGAUAUUUUGCCGGAGCUGGUUCAUUUCUGCAAAUAUAUUGAAGGAUUCUGCAACGACCUACCCGAGGUAAAAUCAACCACAGACUUCCUUGAGAACCAGUUUAUUCUGAAACAACUUUUCACCAUAACUAAACAAUAUGAUGUUUCUGACCCUAGUGGAAGAUAUGCCCUAUUACAUCUUGUACGUUAUGUUUUAUCUGAGGUUGUCCUGACUUUAGAUACAGCUGAAGUUAUCAUUAAAAACCUAGAGCCUAUUUUUGCAAAAGUGGAACUUAGGGCCAGGUAUAUCAAUGAAUUGAUCUCAGAAAUAAUAUAUCCUGAUACUGGGGAAGAGGGCAUCAAAAUGGAAAUGGAAUUUGAUGAUAGGCUAAAAACUCUCAAAAGCGAUUUGGCUACUACCUUGAGAAUGCAAGAAUCAGCAAUAGCAGAGAAGGAUUAUCUUCUAGCAGAAAGUUUAGAAAAAAGAUUAGGUGAUAUAAACAACCUGGUAGAAAAUCUUGUCAAAGAGAAAGACUCAACUCUCAACCAGGAAGCAGCAGUAAAGAAAACUGAUAUUGCCACUCUAAUCAAAUGUUUGGAUAUAGCAGCUGGUUUGUUACUGUCACCAGAAGUUACAAAAAUGACUUCAUCAUUAGAAACAUUGAAAAGGGAUACAAUAUUUGAACUCAUGAUACAUGAAAAUGAAACUGUACAGGCCAAAGCUAUGCACUGUUAUGGAUUAUUAUGUAUUAUUGACAAGAAGACUGCCAGGGAUGGAAUCCAUUUGUUUUAUGCUCCCAUUUCUGCUUACCAAACAGGGCAAGAAUGUGAUAUUCAGAUACUUCUGGUUUGUAUCAAAGCAACAGUAGACUUAUUAAGGGUCUUUGGCACCCAGCUCAUCGCGGCGCCCGAGGAAAGAACGGAUUUAUCUGAAAGUCAACGGGAAGAUCAUCAACGACAUUUCUUCGGGGGCACUUCAUUAACAAAUAUAAUUAAAGGUUUAGUGGAUUUAAUGGACGACGAGCAAAUUCAAGUACAAGAAACUGCAGGACGUGGUUUAUGCAGUCUUGUUUUAAGCAAUAUUGUACAAUCUUCGUCCUUACUCUCCAGGUUGGUUUUGAAAUGGUGCAAUCCGUAUGAUCAAUCUCAGAAACUCAAGCAAUUAAUUGGUGUGACGCUGCAACAAUUACCACGAAUAUCUGGUUUCCACCGACAAUGGGAAGGAACCAUCCUCAUAACCCUCAAAGCAAUUAUAUAUGCGCCAGAUGACAGUCCAUAUAGUGAUACCAAUGUUGAUGACAUAGCUAAAUUUUUAAUAGCCCUAUUUGAAGUGAAUUUAGAAGACGAAAGAGUAUUGUUCAAUUUUGCUAUGAGAGUAUGUCUUGAAAUCAGGAAAAAACCGAAAGCCAAACAAGUACCAACCCUAACAAAGGUUUUGAAUAUGUUGAAUCUGAAUAAUGAAAAUCCCAUAAUCGACGAUUUAUUGGCUACGUGUGAUGAACUUCGGGAGUUGAUUCAUAAUCAUUCGACCAUAACACAGAUAUCGAAAUUCAUGGGAAAAUUGAACCAAAUCAAAAAAUAUGAAACUCCUAGGGCCACCAGUCCAAUCAGUGCUGACGAAAGUGGAGAUGAUAGUGAAGAAGUUCAAGUGCAAUGUAAUGGAGUCCCGACUAUAUUUGAGGAAGAGUGAUGAGUGAAAUAGUUAAUGAAAUUCAUGGGAGGUGUUGAUUAGAUUAAGAUAGUAAUUAACGUGAGUGUCCAUUAUUUCAUAAUGUUAUUUGAAAUAUUUAUAAUGAAAGGUUGAUAAUUAUUUUAUAUUCUACAAGAAAUUAUUAAAUUUAUUGAAAUGAAACUUUAUAUUAAACUUCAAAAA